UUUCCGUAAACUUCAUUAUCUUGUCAUUUGAUAAAAUUUCUAUUUUCUAUUUUUGUUGUAAUUAUAUUUUUUAUUCUGAGGAAAUAAUUGAAAAUCGCUCACAACAACCGACAAAUGCAUAGAAGCGUGAAGUUUUGCACUGGGAGUAAUUAUGUUGGCAUUUACAAUAAUCCCAUGAAUUGCAUGGAGGGCUACGGCCUCUACGUUUAUCCCGAUGGCAGCGAAUAUCAGGGCUUCUUUCGACGUGGUCGCUUUCAUGGCUACGGACGACUCACAAUGGCAGCACCAUAUGCUUUCACGUUCAUUGGCGAAUUCCAUAAUGGCGAAUUGGCGAUCAUCAACGAAAUGAUCUACCCAGAUGGACUGAUAUUUAAUGCCGAUUUUAAGAAUGGAAAAUUAAAUACAGAUAAUUGGCCUUAUCUCAGCAAGACCGAUCGCCGUUAUACGCGUGAGCUAUGUCUGGACCUUACGCCGGUAGUACCCGAAGAACCGAUUGCACGUUACGGUGCGCGUUCGCUCAAACCGAAAUGUUACGAUACCGAAGAGGGUGUUUUUGUCGAGAAAAGUCGGUUUAUCACACAAAUUCCACCGCCAUUUUAUCACUUGCGUUUCGUUAACUGCGAUAAAGAGCUGGAAUGGAUACAAAAAUAUUGUCGACAUGAAGAUACUGAUAAUCCCUAUGAACCCGACGAAGCAAGUGGUCGUGAAAUUAUUGAAACCAAUAUAAAAGCAACAACGGAAUUGGGUGAAAAUCUGUAUUCAUGUACAUGCAAUGUUAGUAAGCCGGAUGGUUUGGAAAAGUUGUGCCGACGUGGUUUUCGUGAGGGCGACGUUAGCUCAUCCACUUCGGCAUUUUCAAAUGGUUAUAGAGAACUGUCGAGUUCAAGCAGUGCAAGCUCAUUUAUUACCAAACCGUUAAAGAGAGAUUUGAAAUUAAUGUGCGACAAUGAAGUGGCCCAACUGGGCUUGAAGCCAAACGAUUUAGGAUCGGGAUUUUGGGUGUAGGCGAAAUAUUAAAAUAUAUUACCAACAGGUAUAAUAAAAUUUAGUUUUCUUUUCAAUAACACAUAUGUAUGUAUGUAUGCAUGUA